UCAGCAAAUCCAUCCAUUUUCACCCAAAACUCACUCAUAUCUCUAAACUCUAUGCCAACAUCAACCACACCAACGGAACACUCUGUCUCUACCCAACCCCCACAAGUAACCUCCCUUCCAUCCUUAAAUUCAACAUCAAAUACAGCAACAGAACAGUUUCUCUCCAUCCAAAACUCACAAACGACAUCACCAAACUCCUCCUCCACUUCAACAGAUCAAUCUCCUCCCAAACACCUCCCAAACACCUCCCAAACACCAUCCACCAAAUCAUCUAGUUCUACUUCAACAUCACCUACAUUUACAGAACUAUCCACCUCAACCCAGCUCUCACCCCUAACGUCUCCGCUACAUUCUACAACUUCCACAGUCUCCACCCAAUCCUCACAACCAACACCCUUGCUAUAUAUUGACUCAACAUCAACUGCAUCAGCAGAACAAUCUGUCUUCCCCCAAACCUCACAACCAAGCAUACCCUUAACAAUGAACUCAGGACCAGCAAUAACAGAACCAUCCAUCUCAACGCGGCCCUCACACCUAACUUCCCCGCAGUCUUCUACAACAUCAACAGAAGUGUCUGACUCCGCCAAAACCCCUGAAACAAAAACUCUUCUAUACUCUACCGUGACAAAUAACACAUCUGUGUCCACCCAACCCUCACAACAGCCAAUCUUGCAAUCCAACCCUGCAACCCUGCUCAACUUAACACCAACAACAUCUACGGAACCAUCUGUCUCCACGCAACCAUCAAAACCAACAUCUGCCUCAUCAUUUAUCUCUACAUCAACAUCCCCUAAAUCAGCAAAUCCAUCCAUUUUCACCCAAACCUCACUCCUAACUCUAAACUCUAUGCCAACAUCAACCACACCAACUGAAUCCUCUGUCUCUACCCAACCCCCACAAGUAACCUCCCUUCCAUCCUUAAAUUCAACAUCAAAUACAUCAACAGAACAGUUUGUCUCCAUCCAAAACUCACAAACAACAUCACCAAACUCCUCAUCCACUUCAACAGAUCAAUCUCCUCCCAAACAUCUCCCAAACACCUCCCAAACACCAUCCACCAAAUCAUCUACCAAUCUUGCAAUCCAACCCUGCAACCCUGCUCAGCUUAACACCAACAACAUCUACGGAACCAUCUGUCUCCACGCAACCAUCAAAACCAACAUCUGCCUCAUCAUUUAUCUCUACAUCAACAUCCUCUAA